ACUGUGCAAAUAGGUUGGCAAAUUCUCUAAUACUGCUGGGGGAUAUUGAAGCCAAUGACGUGGGCUACUCACUGGGUAAAUCAAUUAGAGAAGUACGGACUUAUGUGCCUUACAUAACAGAAGCUCAAAUAAGUGCAACAAGAGAGCUGAUCAACAUGGGUGCGAGGCAUAUAAUAAUUCCUGGAAAUGCUCUAAUUGGUUGCUUUCCAUAUAUCUUAACUGCACUGCGUAGCAAUUAUCCCGACGCUUACGAUAAUAUGGGUUGUAUUAAAAGCGUAAAUGAUCUAAUCGCAUAUAAAAACGACAAUCUCCAAGCAGCUAUGAGAAAUCUGAGCAGAGAGUUCCCAGACGUUAGCAUAAUGUAUGGCCCGAUGGACGAAGGGAUGCGGCAAGUUAUUACCGAGACAUUAGCAGGCCA